ACCGGCGCAACAUAGUGUCUGCUAACGUGAGCAUCUAUCCUUCCCUCCCGUGCCUUGCUUCAUUUCCAACCUUCCUUUCUAUCUAUCUCUCUUUCUCGCUCUACCAUUUGUGUGCGAAAGUUGCUUAGGUUAUCUUCUCUCACUCGUUCUGUAAUAUUGUGUUCUUCGACUUGGUCUCUUUCUUGUUAAAGGAGAUCGAUCGUUGACUCGAAUCAGUGUUCAUGGAAUAGCCAUCCAGGAGAGAGCUUGAUAUUUCGUUUAUUUGGGCACGGAUGUGGGCAAGCUUUGGGUCAUGGGGUUCUCGUCAACUCUCCGCGCCACCAUUCCUAUCAUUUCCUCCCACCAUUGCUCCCAGUUAUGUUCUCUGAGUUUUAACGGGAAUCAGAAGAGAUAUGGAUUUGUUGUAGUUGUUAAAAGAAAAGUUUCAACUCUGAAGAUUGUUAGGUCGGUCCGAAAUGACAUAAAAGAUAAGUUUAAUGACAAUGGGGCAACUGAACCUACCAGAGUUCUUCUUGAGCGAUUGUUUACACAGACUCAAAAGCUAGAAGAGAGGAUAAAUGGAGAUUCUCAUCUUUCUGAGGAUGUCCUGCUGGGGCUUAAUCUUGAAAACCUGGAGUCUGAUCUUCAGGCUGCAUUGAUUUCUUUAAAGAAAAAGGAAGAAGCUCUGCAAGAUGCUGAAAGAAUGGUCCUAUCGGAGCAUAGUGAACUAGACCGUGCAAAGGAGGAGUUGGAGCAAAGAGAAAAAGAUAUUGCUGCUGCUUGUUCGAAGUAUGAAAAACUUGAAGAGCAACUGAAGCAGGCAAAUCUUAGCUUAGCUUCUCAAGCAAGGCAGAUAGAAGAUCUAAGGCUUCAGUUGAAGGAGAGAGACAAGGAGAUUGCUGCUGCAAAAUCUGCUCUAUCAUUUAAAAAAGAAGAAAUGGAUAAAAUGAAAAACGAACUGGUAACGAGGGAUGAGGAAGCUGCCAAGACCAAUUCUGAACUUAAAUACAAGGCUCAGCUCCUGACUGAAGCGAAUGAGGUCGUGAAAAAACAAGAAUUUGAGAUUCAAGGGCUUCAAAAAGCUAUCCGGGAAAAAGAAGAAGAACUUGAAGUUUCUGUGACUGUCAGGAAGCUUAAAGAGGAGAAGCUCAAGGCUACAGAGCUCAAUUUAGAGAAGCAAGCAACAGAGUGGUUAUUAGCACAGGAAGAACUGAAGAAGCUGGCAGGGAAAGCAUCUAAGAACGUGGAAGAAACUAAUGGAACUCUGGAGGAUUUCAGAAGAGUGAAAACGCUUCUUGCUGAUGUUCGGUCUGAGCUCAUUUCUUCUCAGCAAUCACUUGAGUUAUCUAGAAUACAGAUCGAAGAGCAAGAUCUGCUUUUACAGAAGCAGCUUGAGGAACUUGAAGAACAAAAGAAAAGUGUUUCGGCUUACAUGACAAGUUUGAAAGAUGCCCAUAUAGAAGUUGAGAGUGAGAGAGUCAAGCUUAGAGUUGUGGAGGCUCGUAAUAAGGAGCUUGAAAGAGAUUUGUCCAUGGAAAAGGGGGUAAUAGAAGAUUUACUGGAGGAGUUGAAGAAAGAGAAAUCUUCUUUGCAGCUGGCAAUACAAGAGACGUCUUGUCUACAGGAGGAACUAGAGAAGAGGAAUAAUGAAUUUGGAGAAACACGGAGUCUUCUUCAUUCUAAAGAGUCCGAAUUGGUAGAGGCAAAGCUAGAGAUCCAGCAUUUGAAAUUUGAGCAUGCUUCCCUGCAGCUUAUUUUGGAGGAGAAAGAUUUGGAGCUAGUCAAUGCAAGGAAUAAGUUGGAGGAUCUACACCAGGAGGUUGGGGAGCUUAAGAUGUUAAUGCUUAGUAAAGAAGAGCAGCUUAUUCAGGCCACCACAAUGCUAAAGGAGAAAGAUGAGCAUGUUCAAACAAUGCAAACUGAGUUGAAUGAUACAAAACUAAGAAUCUCUGAAGCUGAAAGUGCAGUAGAAAGGAUCGCGGUGCUUACAAAUGAAUUGGUUCUUUCAACUAAGGAUCAGAGUGAUAAUUCACUGGAACAAUCUAACAUGAUCCUUGACUCAAUGGAGCUAUUGGAUCUUAAACCAACUGAUAAUUUUAGGUUACAGACUAAGCAGCUAGAGAGUGAACUCAAGUUCACCAGGGAGGGCUUAAGAAUGAAAGAAAUGGAAGUUCUUGCUGCACAGAGGGAUCUCACAAUCAAAGACGAGGAGCUGAAAACUGUUCUGGAGAGAUUAGACGCAAGGGAGAAGGAAGUAAAAAGGUUAAAGGAAGAGAUUAUUAAUGAUGCCAAUGAUCUGAAAAAGCUGUAUGCAUUGGCGCAAGAAAGGAUCGGUGAGAGAAGUGUUGGAGACCUGGUUACUGAGAAGCUUCAGCUGGAGACAACUCAGCUAGAAGUUGAAGCUGCAACUAGUGCCCUCCAUAAACUUGCAGAAAUGAGCCGAGAACUUCUAAUUAAAACUAGCCGGAGCAUCGAAGCUGAUUUUGAUGUUCAUAGCUUCCCAGAAAAUGGUUGUGAUCCUAGUACGAGCUUGGCUGAUAAUAAUGAAUGUUUUACUGAAGUUAAAACAGAAAUUGCCAGACUUUCACAGUUGACGCAGGAGCUUGUGAGACAUGCUGGUAUUGCACUUGGAGACAACUCAUGAAUGAACGUAUUUCUGGCCAAUUCCUGUAUAUAAAGUAUAAACAUCUGCUAUAAUCUGUUUUACUAUACCAGCAGAACGUUUCUUGGGUAUUCCACCACUUCUUGCAGUACCAACUCUGUUAGCAUCGAUAGUCCACUUAGAGCAAUCACAAUGGUGAUUUGUUGUUGGGCACGGGUAAUGUAUAGGGAUUUGUGUUUUGUUGAUGUGAUUAUAUUGGGUGUUUUGUUGAUGUUGUUGGGAGUGGAAAUAAGAUGGGUAGAAUGGUAUAAAUUUGCUAGUUUGAUUUUUGUGUAAUAAAAAUGAGACUCACCAAGAAAAAUGUGUGAAAUAUUUGUGUGUAUCAUAUAAGACCCACCAAAUAAGUCA